AUGUAUUCAAAAGUAUUCACUCUUCUGGUCCUGGCCUCCAUUGCCGAAAUUCUGGCUGUUCCCAUAGCUUCAAAGCCAACAGGAAUGUCAGAGGAUCUCAAGCUUAUAGAACUUAUGAUGGUUCAGUCAAAAUCAGGAGAGAAUAUGGAGUGCUUCGGCGUCUAUUUGCCCAUACUUCAGGACAUAGAUACCCAAUAUACUAUCGACUAUACGAAAUGUUGGACCGAUCGUCAAUCUGGAGUAAGCUUAAUCGAGGAAACUUACUCCGAGCCCAGAAGCAACCUUUCAGCAACUGCGUAUGAUAUUUGUGAACCAUUAUUGCAAUGCGAUCCCCAGCAAAGUGAUACCCAAAGCGCCUUCGAAUGCUAUGAGAAAGUUGGUACCGAAAAGUCCAGUACGCUCAACGAUCUAACUCUGGAUGGCGCUCAAUUGGCUCGUGAAAUCGCCGAAGACUUCCGCCGUAUCGACAUUAUCGCCGAUGCUUGCUAUGCCGAAUCCUAUCGCACCUAUUCGAAUGAUCGAAAUGAGGCCCAGGCAAAAUUGGAGGACUGCUUGGCAAAUGGCAUUUAA